AAGAGGAUUAGGGGUUCGUAAUUGAGGCAUAUAACGGUUGCAAAAGCCGUUAAGUUGCCGGGAGCAUUCCGCGCCACAGAAAUUCGAAGCUGGCCUCGUUUUCCAUCUCUGAGCCAUGGCGAGCAUCACUACAAUGCUCGUUCGCCCCACUCUCAUACCCUCUUCUUCUGAUCUGGUUUCCCCUCCUCUCCGGCGAUCUCUUCCUCCCACAGCCAUCCACUUCCGGGCCUCCAGAAAAUCCACCACUCACAAACUUUUCUCCCUUUCAGUCUCAGCUUCUUUACAAGCUCUAAUAUUCGACUGCGACGGCGUGAUCCUCGAGUCCGAGCACUUGCAUCGCCAAGCCUAUAACGAUGCGUUUGCUCAUUUUGACGUUCGUUGCCCUAAUUCGACGUCGCAGCCUCUCAAUUGGAGCAUUGAGUUCUACGACGAGCUCCAGAACCGCAUUGGUGGCGGUAAACCGAAAAUGCGAUGGAGCAUGGAUGGCCCUCUUCAACGAUCCUCGAGAAGGCUCCGGAAAAUGAUGAGGACCGAGCAAAGUUGAUUGAUAUUCUUCAGGACUGGAAAACGGACAGGUACAAAGAAAUAAUCAAAUCUGGAACCGUGAAGCCCAGGCCUGGAGUUCUAAGAUUGAUGGAUGAGGCAAAGUCUGCUGGCAGGAAACUUGCUGUAUGCUCUGCAGCUACCAAAAUAGUUGUUCUUUGCCUUGAAAGUCUUAUUGGAAUUGAUCGGUUUCAAAAUCUUGGUUGCUUUCUUGCUGGUGAUGAUGUGAAGGAAAAAAAACCUGAUCCAUCCAUUUAUAUAACAGCUUCAAAAAAGCUAGGCGUGUUAGAAAGGGAUUGCCUGGUGGUUGAGGACAGUGUUAUUGGCUUGCAGGCUGCAACAAAGGCUGGAAUGCAAUGUGUCAUAACCUACACAACUUCCACAGCUAACCAGGAUUUUGAAGAAGCGAUAGCAACCUAUCCAGACUUGAGUGACAUAAGAUUGACGGAGACUCUCUGCUACAAAAUGUUGCCACUACAAGAUAGAAAAUUGUUCACAACAUUGAAUUGAUUAAAUAACCAAGGAGCU